CUUUUUUGGACUUUUAUUUUUUAUUUUUUGGGGGGUUAAUUUUUUUUUUGUUCCUCCUUCUUACAAACCUUCUCCUCUUGCCAAAAAAAGAUCCUUCACCGCUUCUGCUGUUCAUUUGCUUCAACUCUCUCUCGCGAAUUGGAGCGCGAGGAGAGAGAUUCUGGCCUACUUUCGUCCUGAGUGAAUCAUAGACAACCCCCGAGGUAUCCACCCCUCGCUGUCCAACUUCGGCGAUGGCCUCCUCAAAGAGUUUCUUCAGGGCUCGAAGAGACCGUCGCGCCAACGGCGAGCUCCAUGAUUACGCGGCCACUUGUGCUUACGCGCCUCGUCCUCGUCACUCUCACCAGGAAAUGCAAACUUCGAGGCCAUUGACGCACCGCCCUCCGAUCCCAACCACACAAAGCUCCGCUUCGUUGAUCACUCGACAAACGCACACGAGAACUAAUUCCUACUCGACUCUGAGCGCCUCUCUCAAUGCUAGCCAUCGCGUCACACGUCGGAAGAGCAUGACGAGCUCGGCUGCCAAUGCUGCAGCCGUUGCCGCAGCGCUCAGCGGAGCGGUCGAGUUGGUGGGAGACAAAACAACAGUGGGACCCGUUGCUAUCAGUGGACGCCGUAACACCUUGACCAAGUCCGGCAUCUCCCGCGCCAUGUUGGCCGCAAGCCUCCCUACCGAACAGGCUGGCAGCCUUUCGGUCCCAUCCAAGGAGGCCGACGUUCAGGUCAAGGAGGCUAACCUCGACACGUUGGAGAGUGCCAUCGACGACGACCCGCUCGAGAGCCUUGCCGACGAUCCCGAAACACCGUCGCAGGACGGCAGGAUGCGUCGAGCUAGUGAUGGCCAGCCCUUGGUAAAAGAGGGAGGCAGCAGGAAAAUAAACCGAGUUGAGCUCCGUUGCGACAAGUGCGGCAAAGGAUACAAGCAUAGCAGUUGCCUAACUAAGCAUUUGUGGGAACACACUCCUGAAUGGUCAUAUACCUCGAAGCUUUUGAUAUCGAAGCACCAGCAGGUACAACUUCUUGAAGCGGCCUCUGUGCUCGUAACCAUGAACAACGUGCCAGAGACGACCACUCCUCCAGAACCAGCGAACGAGUACGCUAGCGAUCGGGAUUCUGUAUCCCCGGCAGCUUCUGGCUACUCUGAACUGAUGGAUGGGCGCAGCUCGGCCGACACGACACCGCCGCCUCAGUUGGACGGCUCAUAUAAUAUAAUAUCGAAACGCUACAGCAACGGUAGUGGCUUUGGGCGGUCAUACCAGUCGGCCGUUUCCGUCGCAUCUCUGGCGAGCAGCGCCCCCAAUGGACACGGGUUCGGCCAUGGUGGCCACUUCCGCCAGCUGAGCCAGGAGCACCGCCCACCAUCUUCGGGCAAAAAUGCUACUGGCCAGGAGGAUCAGGAUCUCGCUGCUGCCGUUGAACUUCUUAGCUGCAGCUUCAACAGCAACAACGGCCGUCGUUCCGUGCACCUCCCUCCGGAUGCCCCUCCGGUCCCACCACUUCCGGCACAGUACCUCGAUCAGGCAGCCGGAGCAGGGUUCAUCAACAGCUUUCCCAGGCACGCUCCUGAAAGCUUCCUCCGAGGAUCUCGACUCGAAAGCCAGAUGCGGCACCGAGGCGAUGUCAACAUGGAAGAGAGCGCUGAUAGUAUGAUGGACGAUGAUGAUGACGACUCGAGAUACCGGGCUCGAAGCGACGAUGAUGAUGAUGGCGUGUUCGGUCGCAUGGAAGUGGAAUAGCGAUACUGGUCGAUCGAUUUCUGCCGGAGUUCUUCGCAUACGGAGUUCGGUAGUAACAGGCUAGGAGAUUCGCUCUAUUUUGUAAAAACCUAUAUUGAGCCUGGUUUCCAGGUGACUCGCCUUGACCCGAAUUCUUGGCACCGAAGAGUGGACAGCCAGCUCCCUUUUGAAAGUAUAGCGUGGGGAGCGACAUGUUUCCAUGAGGUUAAAGCAGGAGUCAACAGAGCGUCAACGAGCACCUAAUCGGUACCGGGCAUAUACGCCCGUUUCAGGAUUGAACCUAGAAAGGAAAAGAAAAAAAAAUCAAACAAAAUAAGAAACCAGCGUCUACGCUAUGAAAACCUGCACUUGCAGAUGGGUCUAUGUGCUGUGAAAUAGAGAGUUUGCAAACCACUUGAUGAAUCCACUGACAAUCUGGGAGGCUCCAUGAUUUGUGGCGGCCAAAGUCUUCUGGCUUGGUAUUUUAGCCAGAAACAAACCCAUAUUCGUCAUUGAGGGAGACGAUCAUCCCUCAAGAGGAAACGGCCGAGAUGGAAGAGGAAAGACGCCCGGGUAAACAGGAUGGAAGGCAGAUUUAUGAGAUCGGCAAGGUGGCCAAGCGGACUGUCCUCCAAGCCUUCGAUCAUCUACUCUCAUCUCGUUGUGGUUGAGAUCCAAAGUCGAGUGAACCGCACAACUUGGCCCAAAUGUCUCGAGUGUACUCACACCAGUCGUUAGGUAUAGAUCCAGAUACCAAUUACUCUCUCAGAUGUUGUUUUUGAUGUUCAAAAAAGCUCGCUUGAAGGCAAUUUGAAUGUACAGAUCAUUAAAGAUGAUGGUGCUUCGAGGAAAGCCUUG